CACCUCCCUCCUCCGUCGCAGCUGUGUGCAAGCGGCGGACUGUGACGUUAAAGGGCGGGUCGCGGAGGGGGUACCGAGGCCGAGAGGGGCCAAGCCCCUCAGUCGCUACGGACGCGGGGAACGAGGGGGAAGAUGGUUUACAUCUCGAAUGGACAAGUGUUGGACAACCGGAGUCAGUCCCCAUGGAGAUUAUCUUUGAUAACAGAUUUCUUUUGGGGAAUAGCUGAGUUCGUGGUUUUGUUUUUCAAGACUCUGCUUCAGCAAGAUGUGAAAAAGAGAAGAGGCUACGGAAACUCCUCUGAUUCCAGAUAUGAUGAUGGAAGAGGGCCACCAGGAAACCCGCCCAGAAGAAUGGGUCGAAUCAAUCAUCUGCGUGGCCCUAGCCCUCCUCCAAUGGCUGGCGGAUGAGGAAGGUAA